AUGGGGCUAAGAGUUGCCAGCCUUUUUAUGCUCUGGUUGGCUCUUUCCUAUGCAAAUGAAAUAAGAAAAGGCAGGACAAGAAACCAUGGUCACUAUGUCUGCAGCACUUGGGGAAACAACCAUUUCAAAACUUUUGAUGGAGACAUCUACCAAUUCCCUGGCAUUUGCGAAUAUAAUUUUGCUUCUGACUGCCGAGAGCCUUACAAGGAGUUCUCUAUCCAUAUUCAGCGUGCUCUGAACAGCAAUAACCACCCUGAGAUCCAGUAUAUUCUGCUAACAAUCAAGGACUUUACAGUGUACCUCAGACCAAAACUGGUUGUUGUGGAUGGGCAGAUUGUGAAGACACCUCACUACAGCUCUGGUGUGGUCAUUGAGAGCAAUGAUAUUUACACCAAGGUUUAUGCCAAAUUAGGCCUGAUUCUGAUAUGGAAUCAAGAAGAUGCACUGAUGGUAGAGCUGGACAGCAAAUUUAAUAACCAUACAUGUGGUCUCUGUGGGGAUUACAAUGGAGUUCCAAUCUACAAUGAGUUUGUCAAUGGAGAUGAAAGCUACAAUUCAAUUAUGUAUGGGAAUUUACAGAAGAUCAACAAACCCAGUGCCAAAUGUGAAGAUCCUGAUGAAACUCAGGCUAUUCCAAGCUGCAAUGGGCAUCAUGAUGAGUGUGAGAGGCUGCUGACUUCCUCUGCAUUUGCUGAUUGUCGUUUACGUCUUAAUUUGGAAAUGUACAUCCAAGCCUGCAUGCAGGACAAGUGUGCAUGUAAUGGAAGUGAGGACUCCUUCUGCCUCUGCAGCACCAUCUCUGAGUAUUCUCGCCAGUGUUCACAUGCAGGUGGCCGACCGGGUGAAUGGAGGACACGCAGCUUUUGCCCUAAAACCUGUCCUGAUACCAUGAUCUACAGAGAAAGCAGCUCACCCUGCAUGGAUACUUGCUCACACUUGGAGAUCAGCAGCCUUUGUGAGGAGCACUACAUGGAUGGUUGUUUCUGUCCUGAAGGAACUGUGUAUGAUGAUAUUACUGAAAAAGGAUGCAUACCUGUUAGCCAGUGCCACUGCAAACUCCAUGGAAAUGAGUAUUCACCUGGAGAAAGCAUUACUAAUGAAUGUGAAGAAUGCACCUGUGAUUCAGGCAGAUGGACGUGCAAAGAUUUACCUUGUCCAGGCACAUGUUCAGUGGAAGGAGGCUCCCAUAUUGCCACCUUUGAUGGGAAGAAAUACACCUUCCAUGGAGACUGUUAUUAUGUGUUGUCCAAGGGUUUUGUAAAUGACAGUCAUGCUCUCCUGGCAGAGCUGGCUCCCUGUGGCUCCACAGACAGGCAUACCUGUUUGAAAACUGUUGUGCUGCUAGUAGAUGACAAAAAAAAUGUGGUGGUUUUCAGAUCAGAUGGCAGUGUGUUACUAAAUGAGAUGACCGUGAACGUGCCUCAUGUGUCAGCCAGCUUCUCGGUAUUCAAGCCAUCUUCCUACUACCUUGUUGUACAAACUUCUUUUGGGCUUCAGCUGCAAAUCCAAUUGUUUCCAGUCAUGCAGCUGUUUGCAACUGUGGAUCAAUCAGUUCAAGGAAAACUUCAAGGUCUUUGUGGAAACUUUAAUGGAAUGGAAGGUGAUGACUUUAAAACAACCAGUGGGCUGGUAGAAGCUACAGGAGCUGCCUUUGCUAACACAUGGAAAGCUCAAUCCACCUGUACAGACCAGGCAGAAAAGCUGGAAGACCCCUGCAGUCUCAGCAUUGAAAGUGCAAAUUAUGCUGAGCAUUGGUGUUCUUUGCUGAAAAACUCAGAGGGUCCUUUUGCAAGAUGUCACUUAAUAAUUGAUCCGUCAGAAUACUAUAAGAAAUGUAAAUAUGACACCUGCCUCUGUGAAGACAGUGAAGAAUGCUUGUGUGCUGCCCUGUCCUCCUACUCAAGAGCCUGUGCUUUGAAAGGGAUCAUACUGGGAGGCUGGAGGCAAAGUGUCUGCACUAGUGAAGUGUCUGCCUGCCCAGGAAAUCAGAUCUUCCUUUACAACCUUACAAUGUGCCAGCAAACCUGUCGUUCCCUUGCUGACGGUGAAAAGCAUUGCUUGCAAGACUUUGCUCCUGUGGAUGGCUGUGGGUGCCCAUAUAAUACAUACUUGGAUAACCAGGAUACCUGUGUGCCCAUCUCCAAAUGCCCAUGUUAUUACAAGGGAUCAUACCUGGAACCAGGGGAAUAUGUCACAAAAGAUGGGGAACGCUGUGUUUGCCGAAAUGCAAAGAUCCAGUGUAUUUCAGUGACAGCAAGAAUGCAAAGUGUAACAGAAUGUUCUUCUAACAAGACGUACUUUGACUGCGAUUCAUCCCCAAGCUGGAAUUCACAAACACCUGUACAACUUAGCUGUCACACUCCUCAAACUGAUCAUUUCCAGGCAGAAUGUGUCUCAGGCUGUGUGUGUCCUGAGGGUCUAUUUGAUGAUGGGAAAGGGGGCUGUGUGGAGGAGAAGGACUGCCCAUGCAUUCAUAACAACCAGUGGUAUUCUCCUGGACAGCAGGUAACAGUGGACUGCAACAUCUGUACCUGCCAAAAAGGGGUUUGGAGCUGCACUGAAGAUGUGUGCUAUGGGACUUGUAUGAUAUAUGGAAGUGGCCAUUAUAUCACCUUUGAUGGAAAAUUCUAUGACUUUGAUGGAAGCUGUGAAUAUGUGGCUACUCAGGAUUUUUGUGGUGACAGAAAUUCCAGCGGCUCGUUCAGUAUCAUCACAGAGAAUGUCCCUUGUGGAACUACAGGAGUUACCUGCUCAAAGGCUAUUAAAAUGUUUCUAGGGAAAACUGAGUUGAAAUUGGAGAACAAAGAUUAUAAAGAAAUUCAGCGAGAUACUGGUGAUGAUGUACAUUAUUGGAACAAGACAGUAGGCCUCUACCUCGUUAUUGAGGCUAGCAAUGGUGUGAUGCUUAUCUGGGAUAAGAAGACUACUGUUUUCAUCAAGCUGACCCCUGAUUACAAAGGCAAAGUGUGUGGUCUGUGUGGCAACUUUGAUGAUAAGUCUAACAAUGACUUUACAACAAGGAGUGGGCUGCAGGACACUAGUGCUCUAAAGUUUGGGAAUUCCUGGAAACAGUCUUCCAUGUGCCCAGAUGUUACAGAAGAGAUAAAGCCUUGUGAUGUAAAACCACAUCGGAAGUCCUGGGCAGAGAAAGAAUGCAGCAUCAUCCAGAGUGAAGUCUUUAAAAUUUGUCACUCCAAGGUGGACCCAAUUCCUUUCUAUGAAGCUUGUGUUCAUGAUGCUUGCUCUUGUGAUAGUGGUGGAGAUUGUGAGUGCUUCUGUUCUGCAGUUGCUGCAUAUGCUCAAGAAUGUACCAAGCACCAGGCCUGUGUUUUCUGGAGAACUCCUGAUAUAUGCCCGAUAUUUUGUGACUACUACAACCCUCGUAAUGAGUGUGACUGGCACUAUGAGCCUUGUGGCAGUAAUAUCAUGACUUGCAGGAUAAUUAAUAAUGUCAGCACCAACUUUUCAGUACCAUACCUGGAAGGUUGCUAUCCCAGAUGCCCUGAUGACAAGCCUGUUUAUAAUGAAGAGACAAAGGAAUGUGUGACUGAAGAUCAAUGUUGGUGUUACAUCAAUGGAACUCAUGUUCCUCCUGGGCAUGAAAUAACUACAGAAGAGAACUGUACAAAAUGUGUCUGUGGUCCCUCAGGAUCUAUACAGUGUACACCAAUCCCAGGAUGUCCUUGUGUCAUCAACGGAACGAGUUAUGAAGUGGGUGAAAUUGUGGCACAAAUACAGGAUGGUGACAUAUGCAUAACAUACGUUUGUGCAGAAAAUGGUUCUAUAGUUGUUGGAAGUACUUAUCCUUGUCCGACAUCUACUUCACCUACAACCAUUUCAACCUCCUUUCCUACCAGUACUCUAACCACCACAGUUACCACUACAAGCCCUCCAAUAACUACAACUCCAUGCUUUGGUUUAAUCUGUAAUUGGACUGAGUGGUUUGAUGUUAGUAAACCUGAAGAGGAUGGUGGUGACUAUGAAACCUACGAUGCAAUAAGAAAUCAAUACGGAAACAAAAUAUGUGAAGCUCCUGAAAAUAUUGAAUGCAGGGCUAAAGAUAAUCCAGAUGUUAGUUUAGAGGAACUUGGCCAGAAAGUAGAGUGUAAUGUUACGUAUGGACUAAUCUGUAAAAAUGAGGAUCAAGAUGCAACUAUUUGGCAACUUUGUUAUAAUUAUGAAAUCAGGGUAAACUGUUGUGAGUGGCAUGAAAUUUCUUGUGAGACUACAAGUACACAGCAUCCAACACAAACUGCAACUGCAACCACCACUAGCACAACAGUACCCAUCACCAGUACAGCCAGGCAGCCAACAACAAUUACCACCACAUCAAUACCCACCUCAACAAUCACAAGCGAAUUCACACCAUCAGUUACCACCCCAGUAACUCCAACCUCUCCAGGAAGACCCUCAUCCACAAUGAGCACAGGGUCCUUACCACCCCUGUCGACAACCGCUCCCACACCAACACCAUUGGAGCCUCCCAGCAGCACCGCCAGCACCUCGGCGCCCCCCAGCACCACCACCGGCAACACAGUGGGGACAUCAACGACCGUUCCUGCCACAUCAACACUCACCCCAACUACUGUGAGCACAUCCACGCCCACGCCAACGUACACCACCACCACACCACCUCCAGAAUGUGACUGUGUCUGGACGGAUUGGAUUGAUGUGAGUUACCCAGAUAGUUCUGACAGAAACAGUGGUGACUACGAAACCUUUGAGAAUAUUCUGAAGAACGACCCAUCCUGGGUCUGUGUGAAAGCGGAGAAUAUUUCAUGCAGAGCAAAGAAGUUGCCUACCGUUCCCAUUGAAGAUUUAGGGCAGAAGGUGGAAUGCAAUGUUAACGUGGGGCUGACCUGUAACAACAGCGAUCAGGUCAUAGGAGGCAUAAUGCUGAUACCGGUCUGCCUCAAUUACGAGAUCAGUGUCUGCUGCAUCCCCAACAUACCAGAGUGCAUUCCCACAAGUGCCACCACGAGCACCACAACAGCCCUUCCUUCAUCCACAAUGAGAACAGGGUCCUUUCCAACCCUGUCAACAACUACUCCCACGCCAAAAGCAUCAGAGCUUCCCACCACCACCACCAUCAGCAACCUGGAGACAUCAGCAAGCAUUCUUCCCACCUCAACAACCGCCCAAAUAAUCACCAGAACACCAACAGCUCCUCCUACAAAACGACAAGAAUUAACUACAAAAACCAUGAGCACGAAAACUUCAGAAUCACCCACGCCAGAGCCUACAACCAGCACUACUAUAUCACAACCCCCGGUGUCAACAACCCCAGUGACAGCCACUACGUCUGGAUUCACUGCAACAGUAUCAACCACCAAAACCACCACAUCAAGCCCCACACCCUCAGGAACCCCUCACCACAGCACCACAAUUGUAAUGGAAACAUCGAGUCAUGAGACCACCUCCCCUGGGACAGGGAGCCCCACAAGCACAUCACCUACAACCACCAUAAGCACCACCAGUUCAGGGUCACCCACGCCAGAGCCUACAACCAGCAGUACUGUAUCACAACCCCCGGUGUCAACAACCCCAGUGACAGCCACUGCAUCUGGAUUCACUGCAACAGUAUCAACCACCAAAACCACCACAUCAAGCCCCACACCCUCAGGGACCCCACAACACAGCACCACAAUUGUAACGGAAACUUCAAGCCACAAGACCACCUCCCCUGGGACAGGGAGCCCCACAAGCACAUCACCUACAACCACCAUAAGCACCACCAGUUCAGGAUCACCCACACCAGAGCCUACAACCAGCACUACUGUAUCACGACCCCCGGUAUCAACAACCCCAGUGACAGCCACCACAUCUGGAGUCACUGAAAUAGAAUUGACCACCAGGACUACCAUAUCAAACCCAACACCCUCAGGACCUCCUUCCCCCACUACCACAGUGGUAACAGAGACAUCUAGUCCUUUGACACCAACUGCAACUAGUAGUAUGUUAACAAGAUCAUCUCUUACCACCACCACAGGUUCAGGAUCACCCACGCCAGAGCCUACAACCAGCACUACCAUUUCACUACCACUGGUAUCAACAACCCCAGUGACAGCCACCAUGUCAGGAGUCACUGAAACAGGAUCGACCACCAAAACCACCACAUCAAGCCCCACACCCUCAGGGACCCCUCAACACAGCACCACAAUUGUAAUGGAAACUUCAAGCCACGAGACCACCUCCCCUGGGACAGGGAGCCCCACAAGCACAUCACCUACAACCACCAUAAGCACCACAAGUUCAGAAUCACCCACACCAGAGCCUACAACCAGCACUACUGUACCACGACCCCCGGUAUCAACAACCCCAGUGACAGCCACCACGUCUGGAGUCACUGAAAUAGGAUUGACCACCAAGACUACCAUAUCAAGCCCAAUACCCUCAGGACCUCCUGCCUCCACUAUCACAGUGGUAACAGAGACAUCUAGUCCUUUGACACCAACUGCAACUAGUAGUAUGUUAACAAGAUCACCUGUUACCACCACCACAGGUUCAGGAUCACUCACACCAGAGCCAACAACCAGCACUACUGUGUCACCACCGCUGGUACCUACAGCCUCUGUGACAGCCACCACGUCAGGAGUCACUGAAACAGGAUCGACCACCAAAACCACCACAUCAAGCCCCACACCCUCAGGGACCCCACAACACAGCACCACAAUUGUAACGGAAACUUCAAGCCACGAGACCACCUCCCCUGGGACAGGGAGCCCCACAAGCACAUCACCUACAACCACCAUAAGCACCACCAGUUCAGGAUCACCCACACCAGAGCCUACAACCAGCACUACUGUAUCACGACCCCCGGUAUCAACAACCCCAGUGACAGCCACCACGUCUGGAGUCACUGAAAUAGGAUUGACCACCAGGACUACCAUAUCAAACCCAACACCCUCAGGACCUCCUUCCCCCACUACCACAGUGGUAACAGAGACAUCUAGUCCUUUGACACCAACUGCAACUAGUAGUAUGCUAACAAGAUCACCUGUUACCACCACCACAAGUUCAGGAUCACUCACGUCAGAGUCUACAACCAGCACUACUGUAUCACAACCCCCGGUGUCAACAACCCCAGUGACAGCCACUACAUCUGGAUUCACUGCAACAGGAUCGACCACCAAAACCACCACAUCAAGCCCCACACCCUCAGGGACCCCUCAACACAGCACCACAAUUGUAACAGAAACUUCAAGCCACGAGACAACCUCCCGUGGGACAGGGAGCCCCACAAGCACAUCACCUACAACCACCAUAAGUACCACAAGUUCAGGAUCACCCACACCAGAGGCUACAACCAGCAGUACUGUAUCACAACCCCCGGUAUCAACAACCCCAGUGACAGCCACUGCGUCUGGAUUCACUGCAACAGGAUCGACCACCAAAACCACCACAUCAAGCCCCACACCCUCAGGGACCCCUCAACACAGCACUACAAUUGUAACGGAAACCUCAAGCCACGAGACCACCUCCCGUGGGACGGGGAGCCCCACAAGCACAUCACCUACAACCACCAUAAGCACCACCAGUUCAGGAUCACCCACACCAGAGCCUACAACCAGCACUACUGUAUCACGACCCCCGGUAUCAACAACCCCAGUGACAGCCGCCACACCUGGAGUCACUGAAAUAGGAUUGACCACCAGGACUACCAUAUCAAACCCAACAGCCUCACGACCUCCUUCCCCCACUACCACAGUGGUAACAGAGACAUCUAGUCCUUUGACACCAACUGCAACUAGUAGUAUGCUAACAAGAUCACCUGUUCCCGCCACCACAGGUUCAGGAUCACUUACGCCAGAGCCUACAACCAGCACUGCUGUGUCACCACCUCUGGUACCUACAGCCUCUGUGACAGCCACCACGUCUGGAGUCACUGAAACAGGAUCGACCACCAAAACCACCACAUCAAGCCCCACACCCUCAGGAACCCCUCACCACAGCACCACAAUUGUAAUGGAAACAUUGAGUCAUGAGACCACCUCCCCUGGGACAGGGAGCCCCACAAGCACAUCACCUACAACCACCAUAAGCACCACCAGUUCAGGAUCACCCACGCCAGAGCCUACAACCAGCAGUACUGUAUCACAACCCCCGGUGUCAACAACCCCAGUGACAGCCACUACAUCUGGAUUCACUGCAACAGGAUCGACCACCAAAACCACCACAUCAAGCCCCACACCCUCAGGGACCCCUCAACACAGCACCACAAUUGUAACGGAAACUUCAAGCCACGAGACCACCUCCCCUGGGACAGGGAGCCCCACAAGCACAUCACCUACAACCACCAUAAGCACCACCAGUUCAGGAUCACCCACACCAGAGCCUACAACCAGCACUACUGUAUCACGACCCCCGGUAUCAACAACCCCAGUGACAGCCACCACGUCUGGAGUCACUGAAAUAGGAGUGACCACCAAGACUACCAUAUCAAGCCCAACACCCUCAGGACCUCCUCCCACCACUACCACAGUGAUAACAGAGACAUCUAGUCUUUUGACAACAACUGCAACUAGUAGUAUGUUAACAAAAUCAACUGUUACCCCCACCACAAGUUCAGGAUCACCCACACCAGAGUCUACAACCAGCACUACUGUAUCACCACCGCUGGUACCUACAGCCUCUGUGACAGCCACCACGUCUGGAGUCACUGAAACAGGAUCAACCACCAAAACCACCACAUCAAGCCCUACACCCUCAGGGACCCCUCAACACAGCACCACAAUUGUAACGGAAACUUCAAGCCACGAGACCACCUCCCCUGGGACAGGGAGCCCCACAAGCACAUCACCUACAACCACCAUAAGCACCACCAGUUCAGGAUCACCCACACCAGAGCCUACAACCAGCACUACUGUACCAGAACCCCCGGUAUCAACAACCCCAGUGACAGCCACCACGUCUGGAGUCACUGAAAUAGGAUUGACCACUAAGACUACCAUAUCAAGCCCAACACCCUCAGGACCUCCUGCCUCCACUACCACAGUGGUAACAGAGACAUCUAGUCCUUUGACACCAACUGCAACUAGCAGUAUGUUAACAAGAUCAUCUCUUACCACCACCACAGGUUCAGGAUCACCCACGCCAGAGCCUACAACCAGCACUACCAUUUCACUACCACUGGUAUCAACAACCCCAGUGACAGCCACCACGUCAGGAGUCACUGAAAUAGGAUUGACCACCAAGACCACGCUAUCAAGCCCCACACCCUCAGGACCUCCUCCCACCACUACCACAGUGGUAACAGAGACAUCUAGUCCUUUGACAACAACUGCAACUAUCAGUACAUCAACAAGAUCAUCUGUUGCCACCACCAGUUCAGGAUCACCCACGCCAGAGCUUACAACCAGCGCUACUGUAUCACGACCCCCAGUAUCAACAACCCCAGUGACAGCCACCACGUCAGGAGUCACUGAAAUAGGAUUGACCACCAAGACCACGCUAUCAAGCCCCACACCCUCAGGACCUCCUCCCACCACUACCACAGUGGUAACAGAGACAUCUAGUCCUUUGACAACAACUGCGAGUCUCAGUACAUCUACAGCAUCAGCUGUCACCACCACCACCACAAGUUCAGUGUCACCUACGCCAGAGGUUACAGCCCGCACUACUUUAUCACCACCAGCGGUAUCAACAACCCCAGUGACAGUCACCACAUCUGGUGUCACUGAAAUAGGAUCAACCUCCAAGACUACCAUAUCAAGCCCAACACCCUCAAGACCUCAUGCCACCACUACCACGGUGGUAACAGAGACAUCUAGUCCUUUGACAACAACUGCGACUCUCAGUAUGACUACAGCAUCAACUGUCACCACCACCACAAGUUCAGGAUCACCCACACCAGAGCCUACAACCAGCACUACUGUAUCACCACCUCUGGUAUCAACAACCCCAGUGACAGCCACCACAUCUGGUGUCACUGAAACAGAAUCGACCUCUAAGACUACCAUAUCAAGACCAACACCCUCAGGACCUCCUUCCCCCACAACCACAGUGGUAACAGAGACAUCUAGUCCUAUGACAACAGCUGCAACUAGUACUACUGCAACUGGAUCAACUGUCACCAGCACCACAACUUCAGGAAUAUCAACGUCAGAAACUAUAGCCCACACUACUGUCUCACCUCCACUGGUAUCAACCACCCCAAUGACAGCCACCACGUCUGGAGUCACUGAAACAGGAAUGACCACCAAAACUACCACUUUGGGCCCCACAACUUCAAAACUGCUUCCCUUCAGCACUCCAACAGUAACAGAAACUGGUAGCCCCCUGUCAAGCACUGCAGCUUAUGCUACUUUAGUAAGGUCUACUGCCAUCAACACAGCAACAACUGUGGGGCUAUCUUCUGCAGAGCCUACAGCCAGCACUACUGUACCUCAGUCAUCCGUAUCAAGUCCCAUGUCGGUCACCACCUCUGGUACAACUCCAACAGAAUCUUUUACCAUGACUUCAGGAACUACCUCUAGCAAUUUUACCACAAUAACUGCAACCACCACCACCUCCUCUGGCUCAACCAAUAUGUCUGUUCCAAUUGCUACCUCAAGUGCAGUCACUAUUCCAGGAAGCUCUACAUACAGUACAGUUACUAAAUUCAGUGCUUCAAGUUCAACUCUAAGUCUACCACCAACCACUCCUGGAAAAAAUUGUUCUAUUUCACCUAAUGAGUCUUACGCACCAGGUGAGUCAUGGUGGCUCUGCAACUGCACUAAGGCAAUAUGCAUAGAAGAUGAUAUAAUUCAGGUGGUUCCCAUAAUCUGUAAUCCACCUCCUAAACCUACAUGUGCCAAUGGGCUUUCUCCUGUGCAAGUCAUUGAUGAGGAUGGAUGCUGUUGGCACUGGGAAUGUGAUUGCUACUGCACUGGCUGGGGAGACCCACAUUACAUGACUUUCGAUGGACUGUACUACAGCUAUCAAGGAAAUUGUACAUACGUCCUUGUGGAAGAGAUUGAUAAGAAAGUUGACAGCUUUGGUGUCUACAUUGAUAACUACAACUGUGAUGUACAGGAUGUAGUCUCCUGUCCUCGUACACUCAUUGUGAGACAUGAGACUCAGGAAGUGCGCAUAGCAACAGUCAAACAAAAUACUCUGGAAGUAGAGGUGACAGUAAACAAACAGGCAGUGGCUUUGCCUUAUAAAAAGUUUGGUGUGAGUAUCUAUGAAUCAGGCAUAAAUCGCGUAGUGGAAAUUCCUGAACUGAAAAUGAAUGUGACCUACAAUGGCUUGUCCUUUUCUAUCAGAAUGCCCUACAGCCUGUUUGGCAACAACACUCAGGGACAGUGUGGUACUUGCAAUAACAACACGGCAGAUGACUGCAUGUUGCCAAAUGGAAACAUUGCAGAAAAUUGUGAAGUUAUGGCAGAUCACUGGCAAGUUAUUGAUCCCUCCAAACCACAGUGCUCUCCAGGCCUAAUUCCUACAAAAGCACCUAGCACAACUCCAACGCAGCCUUGCAAAGAAUCUUCCAUCUGCGAGCUUCUUUUGGGAAGUGUGUUUGAGCCGUGCCAUGGCCGUGUCCGUCCUGAAAAAUACUAUUCAGCCUGUGUUUUUGAUAGUUGUGUGCUUCCCAACUUAGACCUGGAAUGCUCAAGUCUGCAGAUCUAUGCUGCCACCUGUGCUGAUCAAAGUAUAUGCAUUGACUGGAGAAGUCAUACGGAUGGUGUUUGCUCUUAUACAUGCCCCUCAGAUAAAGAAUACAGAGCAUGUGGUCCUAUUAAAGAGAUAACCUGCAAAUCAAGCCAGCAAAACGAAACUUCAACUAAACAAGUGGAAGGCUGUUUCUGUCCUAAUGGGACAAUGCUGUAUGACUCCGGUGUGGAUGUCUGUGUAAAAACAUGUGGCUGUGUUGGAGUGGAUAAGAUACCAAGAGAGUUUGGGGAAAAGUUUACAGUAGACUGUCAGGACUGUAUUUGCCUGGAAGGUGGAAAUGGCAUUGUAUGUAAGCCUCAUGAAUGUGCCAAACAAAAUAAGACCACUUGUGAUGGAGAAGGCCUCCAUGAAGUCAGUGAAGUCAAUCCUGAUGACUCCUGCUGCCCCAUUGUCACAUGCAAAUGCAAUACAAACUUGUGCUCAACUAAUGCCCGCAGGUGUACACUGGGAUUUGAAGUUCAUUCUUACAUUCCCAGCGGUCAGUGCUGUCCUGUGUACCAGUGUGUUCCCAAGAGGGUUUGUGUACAUCAGAAUGCUGAGUUCUUGCCUAAUUCCUCAGUCUUUGUGGAUAAAUGUCAGAAUUGUUUCUGCACUAAUGAAGUUAACGUCAGCACUCAACUGAAUAUCAUCUCAUGUGAACGUAUUCCAUGCAACACAUAUUGCAAACCAGGAUAUGAGCAUCAACCAGUGGAAGGUGAAUGUUGUGGAAGAUGUGUGCAGACUAAGUGUAUUAUACAAACAGCAAACAAUUCUGAGCUCAUCUUGAGUCCUGGAGAGUUUGAAAAUGAUCCUAACAACAACUGCACCAUUUAUCACUGUGUAAAUAUCCAGGACCAUCUUCUCUCUUCCAAAUCUGAGAUAACCUGCCCAGCAUUCAAUGAAGACAGCUGCAAACCCGGAACUAUUGCAUUCUUACCUAACGGUUGUUGCAAAACCUGUAUACCCCUGGAUAGUCCUACACCAUGUUCUGUCCGUCAAAGAAAAGACUUUAUCCACUAUAAGGGCUGUCGUUCUGUGGACAGAGUUGUCAUGACUGAAUGUGAAGGAACAUGUGGAACCUUCUCACUAUAUUCUGCUGAGGCCAAUUCUCUGGACCACAGCUGUUCCUGCUGCAGGGAAUCAAGGACUACCAUGAAGAAAGUGAAACUGAGAUGUCCCAAUGGGAGUUCAAUUUCACAUAAGUAUAUAUAUGUGGAAAGCUGCAGCUGUCAAGACACUGAAUGCAGCAACUCACGGUCCAGUGAGCUGCAGACCACAGAAGAAAAUGACGAGUCAAGCACUCUAGACCGUAUCAAGAGGGCCAUCAGCUUAACAUCAAAAUGAACAGGAAAAAAACUAUCAGCAUUCAACUAAAAGGGUUAUACACCAUUCUCAUCUUCCUUGACAGCUUUUGAACUUUACUUUUCCCAGUUAGUGUAUCCUGUUUGUUUUCUGAUUAUUUUUAACAGUGCUGUAUUUAUUUGUGCACAAAAUGAGAACACAGAUUUGUAUUCUUCCAAG